GACGGGAGGGAAGCGGUAGCAAACACGCCCUUGAAAUGCGACACUGCGUGGGAAGCCCUGCGAGGGAAGCCCUGCAUGCGUAGCUGUAGAAAUAUGCGCCGCCAUAGCUCCCGCGCUGCUCACCGAGCAGGGCCGCCCACUCAUAUGACCAUCCUUCCUCGUCGCGCUAACCUCACGAAGUAGCCUCUUUGCGCAAAUGCGAGAUGCGCCACCACUCUUAGGGUGCCCAAGGUUACACUUGCAACCUACAUGCCGUGUAGGCCACUCUCAAUAGAGACUACGCCGUUAGCGGGUGGCCUUAGCGGAGCUGGCUCAUCGAAUCCACACCCUUGGCCCUCUCGCACCCCGGCGUCGUGCACACCCAGCGCCGGAGCUCCCUUAGUCACGCUGCGCACCGCGGGAUCUCCGCGCCACGGACGAUACCCCACCCAAGCUACGUUCGUGUCCCGCUUUGGGGUACGCGCCUGUCUGGUCUUUUGGCGACUACCAACAGGUCGGGCGAUGGUAGUGUGGGUACGAAAUGGACAGUAUCCUGCACAGCAAGCUCUGCUGGAGGCUACUCGGGGCACCGUGGCCAUCACCAGCCACAUGAGACCGCCGUCCGGAGUGUGGCGGGUUGGGUUGACGGCAAAAUGCAGGAUGUCAGAGAGGCCUGCAUCUAUGGAUGACCUGCUGUAUUUUCUAGCACAGCAUGCACCCCUGGCGAUCAAGAGCUUGGAGGAGGCAGCGUGGAAUGCAGCUCCCCCGCGGCCGCCUCCCUCGCCUCCCGCGUCACCCCCGCCUCCACCACCUCCUCCACCUCCGUCGCCAGCCCCCCUUCCAGCACGACCUCCGCUGCCCGCACCUGCCCCCACCAGGUCGACGGUGGGGGCCCCUCUGGCUAGGAUGCAUGCGCAACCAACCUCGAGAGGUGGGACGAGUUCGGCAAUGCCUAGGCCGCCGACCACUCAAUCGGUGGGGGAGCUGACGUCGGCCACUUGCACGGCGAACGGAUCAGUUCACCAACCCGAGAGAUGCCUGAACGACCGCUGAUUCGUCCCGCCGCUAUGGGAUCCAUCCCCGCGACUUGAGGAUCUCGAUGGCACGGCCGUGGGCUUGGUGGAGGUCCGGCACAUGGUAGGCUUCUUCCAGGGCUGUCGGAUGGUUUGCGCGCACAAUGCAGUAUGCAGUGGGGUUAUGCAGCUGCGGUCGUGGCAGCGGUCUUGGGCAUUGUGGGGACUGCACUAGGGUUGCAUGGAAUGUGACCAUACAGUCGAGUUCAAGACCUGUACCCGUAGGGAUUUUGAGGGAGGACGUCGGACAAGGGGUCCUUGCAUUCCAGCACAACAGUCUAAAUUUUUGGGCGCAUUUGCCCUCGCUGGCAUGGGCUACCAGCAGAUGUGGGAGUUCGGUCGGAACUUUCACCUGCCGAGUCCAUGUAAGCGUACUUUCUACAAGCACCUAGCGGGAGAGAAUGGCUUAUGGGAGACAAUUGCGCAUGAGGCAGAAAAAUCCAUGGAAGAUGUGCGGCGAGAGAUUCUCACGCGGGACGAUGCGGGUGAUUUUGUGUGCGUAGAGGGUAGGUGGUUACAAGUCAGAGACGGCGAGUGGUGCACAGUUUCGUUUAUGGAUGAGCGUAUGUGCAAGAUACUACAUGUCAUGGUUACACAAAAGGGAGUUGACGAUCGGUCGUUUGUAAGGCUAGAGCGGAUUGCGUUUGAUCGUGGCAUGCAGAAGCUGGGUGUGAAGGGGUUUGUAGUGUGCGGGAUUAUUUCAGACCAGGGUAGCUCCUUCAGGGGUGCGGCGAACGAUUGGGGAUUGAAUCACCAGGUGGAUUGGUGGCAUGUGAAACAGUUUUUGUGGAAGCUCUUUAUAAGAGAUCUACAAGAUGCGGUGCGUGCAGUCGUGCGAGUAGCAGACGCGAAAGUCAUAGAAAAUCUGUGGGUGUGUAGCGUCGAUAGCCUACGAGAGUUUUUGAGAUCUCGCAAGAAAAUUAAAGAGUCUAAGGCAGCGUUAAAGGAGACGCUAGUGCAGCAUGCGUGCGCGGAACUAGGCAAGUUUAGGUAUGUGGAGAUGAGGCCGGAGGAUGCGAAAUACAAGUACCCAGAGCUUAGAAAGGUGUUGCGGGUGUGUGGUGAUGGGUCCUCCGUGGAGGUCCCGCUCUCGUACGCAGCUGCUGCGGGAGGCCACCGUGACUCUAGCAGCAGCGCAAGCGACACAUACCGGGUGAGAGAGGAUGUGGCCGCGCAUAUGGAGGGAUCCGUUAGCGUCGAGGUGCUACGUUUGGACGUGGAAGAUUUGUGGGGUUGGGACGCACACCACUCACGGGGGGUGAGUCCUGCGUCGGAGGCGUCCAUGCUGAUGGUGCUGGCCCAUUCUGGAACCGCUAUGGCGCCACACUUCACUGGUGAAGCACGGCCAUGGCAAGAGCGGCCAGCACCGCCACCGACUGAACUUGACCAUGGAGCACCGGGUGGGGAGGGCAUCAGUGCAGCGUCUUCACCCACAUUGCCAUGUGCACGGGAUGGAGUAGGGGAGGUCGUCGAGGUGGUGGACGGUGGACAGCUGCCGCGGUGGACGGAACGGCAGAAGCGUCACAAGACACCCUCGUCAGCAGGGGACGUGGAGGGGGGUUGCGAUGAGGAGAUCACAGUGGCACAACGGUUCGUGAUCCACUUCUAUCACGUCAUGAUGCAGUGCGGUGUGGAGAGGCGGGACGGGUUGCCGCUUAGUCCUGAGGUUGUGUCGGAGGAGUUGUGCAUGGCAGCGGACCGUUGGGCAGGGCUGCAUGGACGGUGUUCUAGGGCCGGGGUGGUGACACCGCACUGUGUCACUGAGCUGUGGGGAGAGCAGAGCGCUAUUUAUGCGGCAAAGUCGGCGACACACAAAGCAGUGCGGGCGUGGCUGUCUAAGCACUGUGGUGUUGAGGCUGUUCGUCAGGGAGCAUGCAGUUCCCUUAAUGAGUCGUUCCACUCUCUCAUCUGCAAGUACGCACCGAAACAGCUUCGUCUACGGGGUAGCUUCCGGGCACGGACUGGACUCGCAGUGCUGCAUUGGAACAACUGUCAGGAUCGUUUGGUCACCGUGUAUGUGACGCGGGUGGCGCAGGUGACUCGGAUCCGACGCGGUAAAAACUCCCACACGCUUGGUCCCAUGGAUUGGACGUGGGUCGAUCGGAUCAUGGACGAGUGGCAGGGCAGCGAGGACAAGGAAGAGCAGUCUCCCCCAAAUGAUGAGGGAGCAGACGGGAGGCCGCGGUCACGUCCGCGUAUGGAGACUCCCAACCACAUAGCAGUGCCUGGCCCCACAUUGUCAACACCACCACGCUCCGCAUCGCAUGAUUCACAGCGAAGAGGGGAGCGACACAGGGCGUCUUCAGGCGUGCGGCGAGCUCUUGGUGACGUCACCAACUACCAAGGCUGCUAAACGGCUGACCGUCAAGCGCGGCCCCUGCUCGAGUGGGCGCCAGCCAUUCAAGUGACCUCGGCAGGUUCUGCCCAUCAGGAGGACCCCUAAUCAAUGCCUUCCCAUCUCCCAUGGCAGCCUCAGAGCCCAGCUCGCUGCCAUGCGUUGCGAUAACCGCGGGUGACAUCGCUUUGAGAGUGGUAGUGCAACCGAUGCCACAUAAAUUGUGGCAGUUUAGAUUGUUGGUCGCACACUUGUGUUGGAGCGGAUCUGCCUGCGAGUCCCGUGCAUCUGACGCUCCAUGCGUAGGAGAUGCCCUCUAAACCGUGUUCACAUAGACUUGUGCUGCUAUUUCAUGCGCUUGUUCGGAUCAUGUUUAUUAUAUGAAUCAACGACAACCAGCACA